AUGCAUAGUUUUAUCACAGAAACUAGGUCAUCCAUCAGGAACUUGAAGAUACGGGUGGGACAACAGAGCAAGAGGAUUCCAAAGAUCCCCUCCAACACUCUUCCCAGCAACACAGAAGUAAAUCUGAGUGAAGAGUGCAAGGCCCUCACUGUGGAGGUUGUAACCAAACCCAAGGAGGAGCUUGCUACUGAGGAACUCAAGGAGAUUAGGGCUCAUGAAGAGGUUGAGAACAUCAUCAUGCACGCCCCUAUGCAGAUAGAGGAGCAUGAGGAAUAUCCCUCUUCAGACGAGCAAGAGGAGCCUAAAGAAGAGCAAAUUGCUCGGUUCCUGGCAAUCCUCAGAAAGCUGAAGGCCAACUCCUCUCAGGAAGAGGCAUUGGAGAAGGAAUCCCCUUCCAUAGCGUGUUUGAAAGCCUUAAAGGGAUAUGAGACUGUGGUGUUGACCAAGGAGUGCGGUACCUUAGUCCAAAAGAAGCUCCCUCAGAAGCUACCAGAUCCUGGAAGCUUUCUGAUUCUCUGUACUAUAGGGACCAUCACCUUUGAGAAGGCACUGUGUGACCUUAGUUCAAGCAUCAACCUCAUGCCUCUCUAUGUGAUGAAGAGGUUGGGAAUUCAAGAGGUGCAUCCUGCCAAGAUCUCAUUGGAGAUGGCAGACAAGUCCCUGAAAAGGGCAUAUGGUAUGGUGGAAGAUGUCCUGGUGAAGGUUGAAAACCUUUACCUCCCUGGUGAUUUUGUGAUCCUAGACACUGGAGAGGACAGAGAUGCCUCCAUCAUCCUUGGAAGGCCUUUCCUCGCUAUUGCAAAGGUCUUGAUAGACGUGGAAAAUGGAGAGCUAGUUCUGAGGUUGCCUGAGGAUCAUAUCCUGUUCAAGAUCUCCAACCUCAGUCUCCCUCUGACAAAGGAGGUACCAUGGUGCAACACUUAG